CAGCAGCAUGAGGACCUGUCAGCUAAGAAGCUGCGGCUGACCAAGCCCAGCAAGUCAGCUGCGCUCCAUGUCGACCUGUGCAAAGCUACCUCGCCCGCAGAUGCCUUGCAGUAUCUGCUCCAGUUUGCCAGGAAGCCUGUGGAAGUGGAGAGCGUGGAAGGGGUUGUCAGGAUCCUACUGGAGCAUUAUUACAAGGAGAACGAUGCCUCUGUAAGAUUGAAGAUUGCUUCCUUGCUGGGCUUGUUAUCGAAGACUGCAGGAUUUUCCCCAGACUGCAUUAUGGAUGAUGCCAUUAACACGCUUCAAAAUGAGAAGUCUCACCAAGUCCUUGCUCAGCUGCUGGACACCCUGUUGGUGAUCGGCACAAAACUCACAGAGAAUCCGUCUGUCAGGAUGAGACUGGUAGAGGUAGCCUGCAAGCAUUUGACAGAUUCUUCCCACGGUGUGAGAAACAAGUGUCUUCAGUUAAUUGGCUGUCUUGGACCAGUGGAAAAAGGUGUUGCAAAAGAAGUUGAAAGCCAGGCUGCCAAAGAUGUCCAGAAGAUAAUAGGAGAUCAUUUUAAUGACCAGGAUCCUCGUGUUAGGACUGCAGCUAUAAAAGCCAUGCUGCAGCUUCAUGAAAGAGGAUUAAAAUUACAGCAGGCUAUUUACAGUCAGGCCUGCAAGCUGUUGGCAGAUGAUUAUGAGCAAGUGCGCAGUGCUGCAGUUCAGCUAAUUUGGGUCCUCAGUCAACUUUACCCUGAAAGCAUUGUCCCAAUUCCUUCUUCUAAUGAAGAAAUUCGCUUGGUUGAUGAUGCAUUUGGAAAAAUUUGUCAUAUGGUUAGCGAUGGUUCCUGGGUUGUUAGAGUACAAGCUGCUAAGUUAUUGGGUUCUAUGCAACAAGUUAGCUCCCAUUUCUUAGAGCAGACCCUUGACAAGAAACUCAUGUCAGAUCUGAGGAGGAAGCGCACUGCGCAUGAACGAGCCAAAGAACUCUACAGCUCUGGGGAGUUUUCAAGUGGCAGAAAGUGGGGAGAUGAUGCUCCCAAAGAAGAAAUCGAUACGGGUGCUGUAAACUUGAUUGAAUCAGGAGCAUGUGGGGCUUUUGUUCAUGGCCUGGAAGAUGAGAUGUAUGAGGUUCGAAUCGCUGCAGUUGAAGCCCUCUGUAUGUUGGCUCAGUCCUCGCCUUCUUUUGCGGAGAAAUGCCUGGAUUUUUUGGUUGACAUGUUUAAUGAUGAAAUUGAGGAAGUGAGGUUGCAGUCAAUACACACUAUGAGAAAAAUUUCCAACAAUAUCACGCUGCGGGAAGACCAACUGGAUACUGUGUUAGCUGUCUUGGAGGAUUCUUCAAGGGACAUUCGGGAAGCGCUUCAUGAACUACUGUGUUGCACCAAUGUCUCGACUAAAGAAGGCAUCCAUCUUGCACUGGUGGAGCUGCUGAAAAACCUGACUAAGUAUCCCACAGACAGAGAAUCCAUAUGGAAAUGCUUGAAGUUCUUGGGAAGCAGGCAUCCCACUUUGGUGCUUCCGUUAGUCCCAGAGCUGCUGAGCACACAUCCGUUCUUUGACACUCCAGAGCCAGACAUGGAUGACCCAGCCUGUAUCUUUUUCAUGAAGCCAAUUGAUCAUUUUGACU